CUGCAAGUACACAGUAGUCAAGUCAAGUCCAUCUUAUUUGUAUAGCCCAAUAUCACAACUACUAACUUAACACUAAUCGUGUCCAACUGGAGUGGACGGUAGUUUGAUGUAUGGACCAAUCUAGAUGGUUUGUCAAAAUGCAAGGUGCGUUUCUCUAAAUGUGCAGGUUUAAUGGAGAGCAACCUUUCCUUAUGCAUUAGUCAUUAAGACCUCUUAACACAUCUCACCCUUGCUGUCCACAGCGCAGGGGUAAUCUCAUCUGACCACGGUAUCCCUGCGUAGUUUUGUGACUGACAUUCGACUUUACUUCUAGCUUAUUCUCUGGCGGGGGAUUGAUUACUCGAUCACAAGAGCGCUUCCUCCACACACCUCUUAUCUUAACCUCAAAUGACAACUGCCUCAGAAGCAGAGCAUCCGAACGCGCUGGAGUAGGGGCACUGAAACGAAACUGGCUUAUCAUUCAAAGUAGUAUGGUCAGUACAAUGGCAGUCUUUUCCUGAGCAGGCCCAAGCAAGGUAGAAUUGAAGGAGCACUUGACUCUCAACUGUCAUGGAACUAUCAUGUUGAAAUGGCUUCUUAAAAAGAGAGGACACGGGGUGAAACAAAUGCUACCCAUAUCCAUCUAAUGUCCUUGUUUGAGAUGUGUUGGCGGAGUCAUAAACUAGAUUUGUCAACCACAUUGCAACCAGUUUUGAUAUUUAAAUUAAUGAACAACUAAAAAGACUAAAGUUGCCUUUAAAUCUUCAACUACAAUAAGAAAAAAAAACAAGCGACGUUUUCAUUAUUGUGAAUUAAUUACCUGGCGGCCUGUCCAGGGUGUCUCCCUGCCUGCCACUCAGUUAGUGCUGGGAUAGGCUCCAGCAUCCCGUGACCCUGACAGCAGGAUAAGUGGUUUGGAUAAUCGAUGGAUGGAUGUUCCAUGUCGUUUUUAUUGUUAUUAACUCAUUAAUAAUAAGGACCCUGCUAAACAUUAGAAUAUCCCUCUUUCUUCAUCCUUCUGUUGAGAUGAUGAUAUAUGAUAAGCUUUUUAACCUUUCAGUCAGGAUUAGAGACAAAAUCUUUGUACCUACUAUAAAAACAGUGAUAAUGUAAUAAACCAUAUGAUUGGUCACAGUUAAAAACAAAAUUGCUCAUCAACAAUUUUUUUAUUUUUUUUCUACUUUAUUAAUCCCCGUGGGGAAAUUCUUUCUCUGCAUUUACCCCUUCCUAGCUAUGUAGCUAGGAGCAGUGGCAGCUGCCGUGCAGCACCUGGGGACCAACUCCAGUUCGUCUUGCCAUGCCUCAUUCAGGGGCACAGACAGGAGUAUUAACCCUAACAUGCAAUUCUUUUUGAUGGUGGGGGAAACUGGAGCACUCGGAGAAAACCCAAGGCAGACACGGGGGGAACAUGUAAACUCAACACAGAGGAUGACCUGGGAGGACCCUCAAGGUUGGACAACCCCGGGGUUCGAAUCCAGGACCUUCUUGCUGGGUUAUGCAGUUCGGAAUAGGACACCUGCCACGGGGCCAACAGAGGACGAUGGGCUUGUGCUGUGUCUUGGUCCUGUGCCUGUUGCCAGUCUGGGCAGUUAGCUACAAGCAAGGGGACAACGUGACUCUGUAUGUCAACAAAGUGGGUCCCUAUCAUAACCCCCAGGAGACGUAUCACUUCUACACACUGCCUGUUUGCAGGCCUGAGAAGGUGCACCACAAGUCACUGAGUCUGGGGGAAGUGCUGGACGGUGACAGAAUGGCAGAGUCAUUGUAUCAUAUUCGCUUCAGAGAGAAUGCUGAGAAAAAAACACUCUGCCAUCUCACUCUCACAGAGAAACAGGUGGACGAGCUACGUGAGGCAAUUGAGGAGCUUUAUUACUUUGAGUUUGUCCUAGAUGACAUUCCCAUCUGGGGCUUUGUGGGAUACAUGGAGGAAAGUGGCUUCUUGCCUCACAGUCACAAGGUGGGCUUGUGGACUCACCUAGACUUCAACAUUGAGUACAAUGGUGACUCGGUAAUCUUUGCCAAUGUCUCCGUGAAGGAUGUGAAACCGGUUUCCCUGGAGGAGGGGGGCGGGGGGGUCGGGGGCGUGGCAGUGGGAGGCGGCGGCCUGAAGGUCACCCACACAUACAGCGUGCGCUGGUUUGAGUCCCCGCUGCCUCAUUCACGGCGAGCCGAGCGUCUCAGGGACUACUCCUUCUUCCCCAAAACGCUGGAGAUCCACUGGCUGUCCAUCAUCAACUCCCUGGUGCUGGUGGUCCUUUUGCUGGGCUUUGUCAUCAUCAUCCUCAUGAGGGUCCUCAAGAACGACUUCGCCAGGUACAAUGUGGAGGAGGAGGGAAGCUGUGAUGAACUGGACCAUGGAGACAAUGGCUGGAAGAUUAUUCACACCGACGUCUUCAGAUUUCCCCCCUACAAAAGCCUGCUGUGUGCCGUACUGGGAGUGGGGGCUCAGUUCCUGACACUAGCCACAGGGAUUAUCAUUAUGGCAUUGCUGGGAAUGUUCAAUGUGCAUCGCCACGGGGCCAUCAACUCAGCGGCCAUUGUCCUAUAUGCUCUGACCAGCUGUGUGUCAGGUUACGUCUCCUGCAGCUUCUACACACAAAUCCACGGCAAGCGAUGGGUGUGGAACAUAAUCCUCACCUCAACUCUUUUUUCUGCUCCUCUAUUCCUGACAUGGAGUGUUGUGAACUCUGUCCACUGGUGGAGCGGUUCAACCCAGGCGCUACCGGCCACCACGGUGCUCUUGCUGCUGGGUGCCUGGGUUUUGGUCGGCUUUCCCCUCACCGUUAUCGGUGGCAUUGUUGGGAAGAACCGGGCUGGCAACUUCCAGGCGCCGUGCCGUACCCGUAAUAUCCCCCGGCAGAUCCCCACGCAACCCUGGUACAAACACACAGCCGUGCACAUGGCCAUUGGUGGCUUCCUGCCCUUCAGUGCCAUCUCAGUGGAACUGUACUACAUCUUCGCCACGGUCUGGGGCCGCGAGCACUACACCCUGUACGGCAUCCUGCUCUGCGUCUUUGCAAUUCUGCUGUCGGUGGGUGCCUGCAUCUCCGUGGCGCUCACCUACUUCCUGCUGUCAGGUGAGGACUACCGCUGGUGGUGGCGGAGCGUGCUGAGCACUGGCUCCACCGGCCUCUUCAUCUUCGUCUACUCCGUCUUCUACUACAGGAACCGCUCGUCCAUGAGCGGCCUGGUGCAGAGUGCUGAGUUCUUUGGGUAUUCCCUGCUCACAGCGUUGGUGUUCUCUCUGAUGCUGGGCACGGUGUCGUUCUGGGCCUCUCUGGCCUUUAUCCGCUACAUCUACUGCAGCCUCAAGAUGGACUAGAGAAGAGAUGAAAUGCAAGAGGACGUAUGUACGAGGACACACAUGGUGUCUCUUGUCAUGUCUUUCUUCAGACUGCACAUGGACAAUCUCAUUCUCUUGCGUUCCUAACAUGCGAACUUAUACACACACACACCAACCUCCUGAGUUAAAUGGGAGGAGAAAAAACAGGGGCCUUCAAUCGUUUUGUGAAAAGUGAAGUGGCUGUUAAGAACUAUCAUAGAUGGAUGGAUGAAUGGACAGAUGUUUGUGGUGGUGGGGGUCACAUAAUUAUGGGUAUAAGGGAAUAUAACGAUGUGAUAUUUGCAUCCCAUCAAAAGUGAAUAAAGAGGUGCGCGACCAGAUAUGCAUUAGUACUUUGUGUCACUCAAUUCGCCAUUGAAUACACUGGCUUCCAUCACAGGGUCUAUCUAACAAGGCUAGAGCGAUAGAGAGGACAUUACAAAUGACUUAGUUUAACAGUGGCAGAGGUUUAUUAGUUUUGUUUUGGGGUUCGCACUACCCACAUACAAAUAUUGGGACAACUUAUGACAAUGAUUUUGUUUUGCAAGGCUCAUUGUUGUCUCGCAGUGGAUGUGGCCAAUGAUUAACUUUAGCACAUUAGUGAUGAGAGCAAUAUCAACAUUGAAUGAUUUAAUUUCUGAUGUAAAUAUGUUUUUAAUAAAAAACAUUUUAUUACAACAUGAGAUUGAGUAUUUGUUAAAAA